UCAGUCGAGAGCCACUUCCUUAAAUACCAAUCCAGGGCACGCCCCCUAAUCAAUAACCUGUCAGUCAAUAUGACUCAAGGGGGAAACCCAUUUCACCACACAAAGGUCAGCUGUCAGUGACUUCUCCAAGCAAAAGCAGACUCUGGAAAGCUAGUGUGAAACUGCACGACCUGCUCCAUCGACACGGAUGCAAAAGCAGACAGCUCAGCGGACAUCUCCGUUGGAAACAACGAGACAGAAUUUCUCCCUUUGUCAUUUUAAACAUCUAUUUCUGAAUGUGUAGUCUACUUUCUUUUUGUCUUUCUGCUCUGUAAAUUUGUCUUGCCUUGUUUUCAUUGAUUAUUUCACUUUUUCCACAAUUCUGAGAGCUUCUUGCCUUCCUAGUCUCUCCAUCAAAUGCUUCUUUUCUCCACUGUCUCUGGGCUUCUUGGAACUUGUCUCCUCUCUCUCUCAUUCUUGAGUUAUCUUUCUCCUUUUGUUGUCUAUCACUCUAUCUCUCUUCUUGUCUGUCCCUUAUGGCUGCCUCUGCCAAAUCUCUGGAGGAGGACCUGUCGUGCAGCAUAUGCUGCGACGUCUUCCGGGAGCCCGUGCUGCUGGGCUGCGGCCACAGCUUCUGCCGAGAGUGCCUGAGCCGCCACUGGAGCUCCAGCCAGGGCCGCCUCUGCCCCGUCUGCCGACGUCCCUCGCCCCGGGAGCCCGUCCCCAACAUCAGCCUGAGGAGCACCUGCGAGUCCUUCCAGCAGCAGCAGCAGCAGAAAGCCUCUGGGGAAGCCCAUCAGAGGAGGAAAAAAGUGGAGGAAAAGGAGGAAGAGAAGGGGGAAAGGCUCUGUCUUCAGCAUAACCAGAGGUUGAAAUUUUACUGUGAGACAGAAGAGAAACUCAUCUGCUUACAGUGUAAGAAGGGCGAGCACAGGGGUCAUCUUGUGUUGUCUGUGCAAAAAGCAGUGAAGCAGCGCAAGGAAAGUCUGACCACUGCCUCAAAGCUUCUGAGAGAGAGACUGAAUGUCCUGAGGAAAGAAUCAGCUGCAACAGAACACAUAAAGGCUGUUGUGGAAAUGUGUGAGAGGCAGGUUCGGCAAGACUUUGCAAAGUUCUUCGCCUUCCUGCAAGAGGAACAGAGGGCGCAACUGGAGGCUUUGUGCGAUGCUGGGAUAUCAGAGACCCAGUUGGCAAGGGAGGCCUUCAAGACCGAGGCCUCCCUCCUCUCCGACCAAGUGCAAGAAGUAGAUGAAAUGGUGCAGAGGGAUGACAUCACUUUUCUGCAGGAGUUCAAGGACUUCAACAUCAUGAUGAGUACACAGUUUUAUCAAGCUAUGCCUGAUGUCCGCAGACAACUUGGCAACCUGAGGUUCAAUGUCUGGAAGAAGAUGAAGGAAGUUGCUCCCUACUACCCCGUAAUCUUUGAUUCCAAGACCCCUAUAUGUGGCAUCAAUGUGUCAACUGAAUUGAGCAUCAUGGCGAUUCCAGUCUUAGACCCUUCCUCUCCACAGCCUAAGCUCUUUGCAUUUGUUAAGAGUUCCAAGGCUCUCACUGAUGAUUGUCAUGUUUGGAAUGUUCACAUCAGUGACUACUCAGACUGGGUGGUGGGCGUGACAUCAAAUCAGCACAUUGGCCGUGAUUCCCUUGUUUUUGCCCCGUGUUGCAAGUACUGGGGUAUCCAGCGGAUCCGAGAACAAUACCUUGCCCUCACAUGCCCCCCCAGCCCUCUCAAGAUAGCCUCAACCAGCCCCCUCAAGGUGCUGAGGGUCAAGCUGACUUGGGAUGUUGGCCGCCAUGGAUGCUCUCUUGGAUGUCGUGUCCGGAAGUUGACAUUCUCUGAUGCUCAGGAUGCCAGGGGAUCGGCCAUUUUCAGCAGUUUGCUGCCUCACCACACAGGGGCGCUCUACCCCUUCCUGUUCCCAUGUGGACAGGGGGCUAAGCUGAGCCUUGAGCCUGCUGAGGUGAGGGUGAAGGUGAGGGAGGUCCUGGGGUUCUGGGAGCGGUAUAGGUAUGAGGUCAUCAUCUUUGCAUUGCUUAUUUUGGCCAUAUUUGUUAUGUUAGCUUACUUAUCAUCAUAAUGUUAUUGUUGUCAUCUUGCUUUGAUGCUUCAAUGUCAUUCGCCUUAUUCACACGGCGGCCAUUACCAGGCUCAGGGGUACACUUGCCAUUACACCUCAGUCCAGCAGAU